GCAAAACGAUUCUACUCAGAUGUUACAUGAUUACACCGGCUUCUACGGUGUAUUUGGUGGCUUUAGAGCUCUUCGCGACGAGUUCCAGCAUAUGGUGGUGAUCGGCUGGACGCGUGCCAGUGGUAAAAUUGAUUACCUCUGCGGUGGCACCUUGAUCAUCAAACAGUUCGUACUGACUGCUGCACACUGUGCCUGGGAUGGAGACAAAUGAGUUGGAGAAAUACGAGAAGUCAGUAGUAAGUCUCCUAUAUUAACAUUUAACACCUUUUUACAGUCUUCGUCCGGAAACGGUGCGACUGGUCGAUACACAUCUGGGAAGUACCGAGGAUGACGAGUUUGCAACUUUCAGGAGGAUCAAUUCUGUGCGGCUAGCAGUGGUAUGGAUACUAGCGAGGGUGAUUCCGGUGGUCUGAUCGGUGUGAAGCUGUUUAAUGUCGGUGGUACGCUGAUACCACUUGUAAACGGUGUAGUUUCGUUCGGAACUCCCUGUACAGCUGGAUUGAUCGGGUGUAUAUUAAAGCAAGAUAGUACGUCGAGUGCAGUUAUCUCGGAUGUGUACAUAUCGUUUAUAGAGCAGGUCGACCGGAAAGUGACUUAGCACUGCUGAUGAUAGCUCAGUACGCGAAUCUUCAGAUUUAUCGACCUGUCUGUUUAUGGGAUCGUUGAAGCGAUGGAGAAUGGAAAUCUAAGCCGGAGUUUUUCGCAAACAGAUUGGAAGACCAGUUUGAUGAGUUCGUGUUCGUUACUGCUCGCAACGGUACCUUAGGAACUGAUACAAAUCCGUCAAAUCCAAUUCUAAUCCAGAGUCGGAUUCAGUUUUUCUGAGAUGGAGUCGGAGUGGAUCCACUGCUCCAGUCCGGAGUACCCAUCACUUCUGUCCUGCCGAACCGUUCUCAUUAGCAUAUCGACACUCUGGCGGGAUUGUCAGCGGUGAGUGACUGGAAUAACAAGGAUCGCAAUUUUGGCAAGUCUGGUCACUAAAAUGGGUUUGUCAUAUUUUGGUUUGGAUUAUGUAUUUUUCGGAAGUUAUUGAUACAUAGUGAAAUGUAUUGUAGUGAUCUAUUGAGCAACUUUUGUCAUUUUUGCUAUACAAACCAAGUACUUAUUAUUCCCAAAUAAAUUAUUUGUAGCAUAAUUUACAUCUUUUUCGGGACAAAAGCAUCUGAUCGCUGUUCCGACCACUUCCGAAUGGGGAUGCGUCUGUGCCGUAGUCGCCACAUGUUGAAAUA